UAAAUUUCUAAAACAGUAAUGGUGGAAAGUGUACUUAGUAACUAUGGAGUCUGAAUAGCAAAUUUCGACUGACGUUUUCAUCGUUUCAAGGGGGUUCUUCGAUUUUUGUGUCAAGACAGCCAGAGAUGAUCAAAGAAUGCCAUCUGGGAAGGUAAUAAUUCUCAUAGUUUCUGCACAGUUUACCUGUCUUCGUUGCUACGAUUUAAACAGAGUUGCAAUAUUAUUUAUUUUCCAGUUGUCAUAUCAAGCUUAACUAAAGCCGGGUAAUGCUUUCCCUCGAUCAAACCUGAAGAUAUGGUCUGUCAAGAUGAUUAUUUCCCUAGCCAUAUACCGUUUCCGUAUAGGACCGUGAACUAACCUCUUUCUCUUUUUCCAAGUCCUAGCGUAUUCUAGAGCCCUUGCGAUCUUUUUCAAAAAAAAUUAUCCAAGCUGUUCAUACAUUUUGGGGAUUUAAGAGCUAAACAAUUUUUUGGUCACGAAGCAGAUUCAGUUUUAUUACUCUAUUACCAAAGCUUCAGGCUUUCACGGUUAGAAAUUCUCAUUCUAUAAAAUAUAAUUUUGUGAACGAUUAAUUUUUUAAAAUUAAUUAAACAGUUUGUUCAUCUCCUUAAAUUCAACAAAGUAAGUAAAGUAAACUUUAAUUUCUACGUAUUUGGGUUUGUAAGAAUUUUAAGCAUGAUGUUGUCUGCAGGUCUGUGAAAGUUUACAUCUUUAAAUAUCUGCAACUACCUCAAGAUAUACACCCAAAACAUCUUAGAUGUAUUUUUUUGGAGAGAAAGAAGUUCUAAGCAAGGCUAUUGAAAGAAUUCUAAUUAAUACCUUUGAGUAAUCUAUAUGCUAUUUGAUGAUGUAAAAUUUAAACCUUGCAAUACUGAUGUUAUUUCCCCAAUGUGAUCUUUGAUAAGGUAAGUGAAGUAAGAAUUAAGUUGUUCUGCUGAAUUUUUCAGAUUGUCAGAUUUUGGACUAAAUGCAAAGGAGUCCAAAUCUAGUCUAACGGUGUGAGUCUUAUCUUGCAGGAUCGUAGCAAAGAAGAUACAUGGAAAGAAUCAGAUUUAAAGAAAGCCUUGAAGGUCAGGAAUGUAUUUAUGGUUUUUGUUUUAAUAUUUUGAAUGAAUAGUAUGCAACAAUUGAAAACCCUUAAAAUUUGGAAUGGAUAGUCACUUAUUUUCAUACUUAAUGGACUGGUUCCACAUAUUCAAGAGGUGGAUAAACCCUAUCCACUAUAGAUAGGGAAGUAUGUUUUGCGAAUACUUAUUCACUGGAUUCUGAUUUAUCUGUUGGAUAGGGUUGACUGCCCUUUGAACAACUGGGCCCUGUCAUAGUUAUUUACUGGACUCUGGGUUAAGAGGUCCAGGUUUGGGAUUUUAGAAGGUGCUGGGUUAGAAAUGCUUUGUGCUUGGGUAGACACUUAACCCUUUAACUCCCAUGAGUGACCAAGACAGAAUAUCCUUAUAAUAUCAACCAUGUAAGUGAUGAGAAUAAAGAAAAAUGCCAAUUUGGGGAUAAUUAGUUGAUCCAAUACUGAAUUCUCUGAACUAACAUUAUAAGAAUUGUACGGUUGACAGUAAGUAAAAUUAAAAAUUUGAUUUGGGAGUUAAAAGGUUAACUGUUAUUGUGCUUUACUCUGUACAAGAGCAUAAAUGGGUAGCAAGAAACUGCAAGGGAAACUUGAUGAAAUGCAUGGGGGGGGAGGGAGAACCAAUGAAGGACUGGCAUCCAGUGGAGGGGUGGAGGGGAAGUACUAAUACUUCUAAUUAUUUAACCCUUUGAACCUAAAGCUUGAUUAGCAUCUAAGUUCUCCUUACAAUAUCACCUCUGAAUCACACACUAAGUUCACAAGAACAGAGGAAAUUGAUUGCCAUUCAUGAAAACAAAUUUUUGAUUGGUAAACAAAUUCUCCUUGUCAGCACCCUAGGAAAUUUGUAGAGAACAGUGUGGAGAGUAUACAUUCUGAUGUUAGGGUUAAUGUCGUACAAACAUGGAUGACCUCCAGGAGUAUUAGUGACUAGGCUUUUAAAUUGACUCCUUUUCAUAGUGAUCAAAUAUAUCAAUUUUACACAUAACAAAAUUUCAACUCUGGGGGAUCUGAAAUCUUUAACCAUCAUUGCCAUGGUAUCCUUUGAAAUUAUAAUUUUCUGGAGAACACAAUUCUACAGAAGGAAGACUUCACAGGGCAUCAAAGUUUGAUAAUGUUAAUUUUGGUGGAAUAAAGAGGUUAUUCAAAUGUAAACAGUACAUACAUGUAUCUCCAUGUGAACUGAGCUCCAAUUAUCAAUCAAGUUUUGAUUUCAAGGCCAGUCAUCAGUUAUAUUCAAAAUAAGAUGGGUUAAAAGUUGGUAUAUUUUGUAAACAUCCUUUUAAUUUUUAAAAGUUUCCUAUGUUCUAUGAUUUUUAAAAAAUGAUUUCAUUGUUUAGGAUGACAGAGGAAAGUCCAAAGAUGAAAGCAGAAAAUCCAAAGAGAGCUCCUCAAGUCGUAGGUCUGAAGACAAAAGGGAGCGAAAGGUACAUUAGCCAUGUAAAUGUAGUUUUUGUCAGUGAAAUUUGAAUGUAAAACAUAGUGACUCUUUUAUAUUUAACACCUAUCUGGAAAAAGUAAAAUACAAAUUGAAGCCUGAAAAUAUUUGACAGAAUUAAAAUCUUUCACUUUGUAAUCUCAACACAGAGGUCUAGCUUAGCUGGGAUGCCAUGUAAAUUGGUCUUAGUUGGCAACUUUUAAAUAGCUCAAGAUUGUAGUGUCAUAUAGUCUCAACUGAUUUUAUUGUGUAAUACAUGAAUAUUGAAGUUUCAAGUAUUUAUUUGAUUAAAUACAUCGUUGAUACCAGAUCUUGUUAUGAGACAGUUUGGUACAUGUGCAGUAUGUUGUAAUUUGGUAUUGAAACUCGAUAAGAUUAGGAUGACUAUAGGAAGUAAAGAGGUCAUGAUGAGCUAGCCUUGGUAUAUUGUAAGCUGAUAUUGAAACAACAUCGCUUCCUUGAUAGGAUAAGGAUGAUGAUAGGAAGCGAAGAGGUCAUGAUGAGCUAGCCAAUGGGGACCACAGGAAAACAGAUAGGGACAGGGAUAGAGACAGAGGAAGAGACAAAGACCGAGAAAAAGAGAGAGGUCAUGAUAGAGGUAAAGAACGAGAAAGAGACAAGGAAAGGGACAGAGAUAAAGACAGAGAAAAAGACAGGGGUCGGGAGAGGGACAGGGAGCGUGAAAAAGAAAGAGAUCGCACCAAAGACAGGGAUCGGGAAAGAGAAGGGGAUAGAGAAAGGAGAAAAAGAGACGAGGGCAGGGAUAAAGAAAGAUCAAGGGACAAAGGAGAAGAUUAUGACAAAGAUAAAGACAGGUUGAAAGGUGGAGAAAGACGAACUGAGGAAAGAGGUGGACAUGCUGAUAGGUCAAAAGAUAGGAGAUCUAAAGAACAUGACAGAAGUAGGGAGAUGCGAAAAGAAAAGGAAAGUGUUGAUAGAGAUCAUGAUAGGGAAAGAAGAAGAGAAAGAGAUACGGUAUUUGAGAAGACUAAAGAUGAAGAGAGGAAACGUGACAGCAGGGAACGACAUGGUGAACGUGACCGGGAAAGGACGAAAGAGAGAAGUUAUGAGGAUAAAGAGAGGGAUCGAAGAAGAGAAAAGCAAAAGGAAGGGAGGGGUGAAGUGGAUAGAACAGAAAGAAGCAGAGAUAGGGAUAGAAGCAGAGACAGGAGGAGAGAUGACAAAGAUCGGGAAAAAGACAGGGAACGACGAAGAGAAAAGGAAAGAGACAGGCUGGAUAAAGAAAAUAGAGAUUCUGAUAAGGAUGAAAGGAAGAGAAGUGACAGAUGGGAAAAGGAAAGCAGAGAUCUUGAUAGAAGAAAGGAACGGUCAAAGAAUGAGGUGAGUGAAUAAGUAGUCUAUAAAGCCCUUGGGAACUUUGGAGGAAAUCAUUACUUUUAUUUGUUUUUUCAUUGAGUAGUAAGCAAAUUGGUUCCUUGUUCCCUCUAUUUAACAGCAAAUUAGUAAUAUUCAACCUUUCUAAAAUGCUUUUUUGACUCUUAUUUUCUUAGGAAUCUAGUAGUAGAGAAAAAGAGGACAAAAUUAAGAGAAGAGAAAAAGAAAUGAUUGAAGCAUUAAAAAAGGAAGAGGUAUUUUUGUUAACCCUUUAGCUCCCAGAUCUAAUUUGUAAUUCUCCUUACUGUCAACUAUACAAUUCUUGUAAUGUUAGCUUAGAGAAUUUAGUAUUGGAUCAACUGAUUAUCCCCAAUUGAUAUUUUUCUUUAUUCUCAUCACUUAUCUGGUUGAUAUUGCAUUGAUAAUGUAAGGAGAAAUUCUGUCUUGGUCACUAAUGGGAGUUAAAGGGUUAAGUUUCAUAAUGCAUGUAUUUUCUCACCAACUAAAGAAAUCAACCGAACACCUUUACAGGGAGGCCAUUUCUUUAGCUAAAAGAUCACAAACUCAACAAAAAUCCUUUUUUUUUUUCGUUUCUCUGAGAGUUUUCCUUUUUUUUUUCAAUGAUGUAGAAUGACUAUUUUUUUUUCUUACUUAAAAUGGAAUAAGGGGACAAUGAGGCUCAGAGUUGUGGAACAAAAGGAUGGGAAGUGGAAACUUUAUUAUGUAGGGUAGAAAGGGUGAGAAACUUAGAAGUUCACACACAAUUGCAAUCAUUCAUUGAGCAGUGCUCUGUAAUGAAGAGAAGUGGGAGUAAAUGGUGCUGGAUUUGGGAUCUGAUGAGGGUUAUAAAAGCAAGCAAUUUUUACCUCCUGACCCCUCUUCUUUCCACACCCCCCCACCCCCUCACCCCCCACCCCCACACCUGUGAGCUACUAGCUUUUAAUGUUUCUCUUCCAUCAACAGGAACUGAAGAGGAAUCCUCUGAAGUUUAGAUCAGAUACCAUGGAAGAGGCAGUGAGUUAGCAACUUAGCAACUGUAGAGUUGAUUUCUACUAACUUGUUUCCAUUUGUAACUCAUUGUUUUUGAGAACAAACAGAGAAAUGGUUUCCCCCUUCAUUUUCAAAUUCUUUUGAAGUUGAUGGAAAACAUCAAAGAGGUCUUUGAAAGAUCACAGAAGGCAUUGGGAAUUUAUGAUAUUCAAAGAGUACCACCAUUGUAAAGUUGGGAAUAUUUUUCUACUUUGCAUUUUUGUUUAGUUAAAGGCUUCAGCCAAUCAGUUUUUUCAACAUGUGCAUGUACAUGCAAUGCUUGGUAAUCUUGUUGGCACAUUGUCAUGUCACUUUUGCAUGCCACCAAAAUAUCAGUGCAGCAACAUAAUGGUUGAACAGCAGACAGUUAAUAGUCUGAUUUUCUUAUUUGUAAAGAUCUCAUGCAUCAGUUUUAAUUGAAAAUGAUUGAAAACAUAUCUGAUCAAUGCUGAAUAAGUUAAAAUGUGUGAAUGUUGAUAUUAUCGUUUUAGUAACUUAAAGUCUUGAUGCUUAUUUUCCCUCUCUCAAGGAUACCAUAGAUGAAGAUGUUGAACAGCAACGAAAGACAUCUUCGCAAAGAUUGCCUUCCAGUGGAACAGUUGAGGAAGUCCAUGAGGAAGAAAAUGGUGGAUAUGACUAUGAUGAUGAUGAAUUUGAGGUAUGAGGUGAUAUGUAAUUUUUAAGAAAAGCACAACAUGUCUGAUUUUGAAAGACACGUUUCAAAAGUCAGUUGAACCCUUUACAUACUAGCAUCAAUGUGCAUAUUCUCCAUACUGUUCUCAAGAAAUUUCCUGAGGUGCUGUCAAGGAGAAUUUGUUAAACAGUUAAUCAUUUGUUAAUCAUUUCCUUUAUUCUUGUGACCUGGAUGUGUGACUUAAGGGUGAUGUUGUAGACAUUAGAUGCUAGUCACUCUCAAGAGUCAAAGAAUUAAAUUAAGGACUACAAAGUUGAUUAUAAUUAUGAUGUUACACAGAUUGCUGUGUAACAUUUAGAACCUCUGUUUUCACUACAUGUGGAAAAUUCAUGUUGAUCAAGUUAGAGUAGGUAAGCAUGGUUCUUCUGUAGCAGAUCCAUAACUUUAAUUUGAGUAUCAGUAUUCAGAUAAAUAUCGUCUACUGUAGAUUACCUUUAUUUUACAAUUUUGCAAAAGUUCCUAAAAUCAAACUUUAAAAGUAAGACAUCUGUUGAUGAAAGCAGGUUAAGAUAACAUCAGGAGAACCUGAACCAUAUUUUCAGAAAGAGACAUUGAUAUGAAUACAUAAUGGUUCCAGUGAACUGUUUCUGAUAAUUAACAGGAGAGAAUACAUAAUUAUUGAAUGAGCAUAGCUUUCCAAAGAAUUUUUAUUUUCAAAGUUUUUUUUUGGUUAAAAUUAUAAUAAGAUUGGUGAUCUUUGUCAAGGAUUAUGAUGAUGACUUUGAAGAUGAUGCAGAUGAAGAGGAAGACAAUGAAGAAGCAAGUCUGGAUGUGCAGGUACACGAAGUAAAGAUGUAAUCGUAGGCAACAAAAAGUAGUUACUGUAGAAUCCUUGAAUUAGCACUCCCUAUGAAUACAUGUAAAUAACCUUUUUUUUAAAAGAAUUCCUUCCUAUCAGCCAAAGCCCCCUCCCUGCUCUUUCUCUUCCCCUAUUUCUUUAUGGAUAACUACUGAGACAGCAUUUGAAGUUCACUUCAUUUACUGUACAGCACUACAUUUCCCCAUUUCUACCAAACUUGAUUCCUUUGGAAGAUUUGGCAUUGGAUCAACUUUUACUCCCUAACUGAUAUUUUUCUCUAUUCUCAUCACUUGUUUGCCUGGUAUUGUAUUGAUAUCGUAAGGAGAAAUUCUGUCUUGAUCACUUGUGGGGGUGAAAGGGUUAAAUUUGAGAUUAGUGAUGUUAAGCAUUUUGCAUCAUUCUGAAAAAAAAUUGAAAGCUACUGGUAAUUUACUUUAUGUGAUAGAAGAAACUCUCAGCUGUCAAAUUGCACAGACCUUCUGUGGUUUGUGAGGAAUUUGUAGUCUCACUAUUAGUAACACAGUGAUUCUGUUAUUUUGUUUCAGGAUCAUGCGCGAAUGCAAGAGGUAAGAUUUUUCUGUAGAUAAUUUUUGCAAUCAUUCUGUUUUUAUAAAUAUAGAACACUACUCUAUGAUCACAUUCCUUUAUUGUCAAUGAUCAUCAAGCAUUUUCCAAAACAAUGUUAGGCAAAGGUAUAACUACGCACUGUCUUACUUUUCAUUAAAUCACUCUUUUUUUGUAUACUUUCAGACAGUAAGUAGUUUGAAGAGUGGAGUAACAUUUAAAAAUGUAGUCUGAUCGUCCGGGUUAAGGAAGUCUGGAGAAGGACUGUGGUCGGCAGUAGCUGUGACUAGUAGUGACAGUCAGUACUACCGACAACAUUCCUUCCUUUUUUUCUGAUUUUGGUUCUAACCAUGUUUACCUGGUGUUGCAGCUUCUACAGGCAAUACACGCUGAGAACCAGGAUGCAAGGACAUCAUCCAGUGAGGGAAAAGAAGAGAGAAAGGUUUGUUUUUAUUCUGUGCGGUGGUGUCUUUUGAAUCUUGUGGAAGAGGUGGUGGUCUUGUGGUCAGUGUGCUGAACUCUGGAUUGACGGCUCAGGGUUCAAGCCCAGGAGGUUAUGUCUUUGUGUUGUGUUCUCGGGCUGAAGCCACGCUAUUCUCACUGCACCUCUUUCCAUCCAGGUCCGGAUGUGUGAAAUUUGAUUUUAAAUUCGAAGGCUUUAACAAAAAAAUUAAGCAUUAUUAUUUCUUUUUAGACUUUGAUUAUUGGAUGCCCUAAAAGUAAGAGAGAAAGUUAUCCUCAAAAGGCUUUUUAACAAAGUCAUAAAGAAAUCUGGAAUAAAUUUAACCCUUGAUUAGCGCUAAAUUCGGCCUUCAAACAACUGGGCCUAGGAGUAUAAAUGGGUACAGGCAAGCUGUUGGGGAAGCCAAACGAAAUACAGGGAGGGUAGGGGGGGGGAAGGGUUACAUUUGGUGAAGUAAUUUGCCAGCCUGGGUGACUCCUCAGUAGCAGAGUAUUUCCUGUUGUAAAAUGUUUUCAGAUGUAAGUGGAGACGGUAAGAGAUAACAUUUCCUUGUUUUUAUUCUGGUGCAAUCUUUACGUUUUGUAUGAUUUAUGGACCUUUACCAUCCAGGACGGUAAAAUAUUCGUUCACAACUGGUAAAAGAAAGCAGAGUUUUGAAUUCGUUGUCAUUAAUGUAUAAACGGAGAAAAAUUAGAAAAGUUUGCUUGUUUUUUUAUUCCUUUUACUGUUAUUAAGCCAUUCAUAUUUCUUUCAGGAACACCCAGAACCAAUAAAUAGAGGUGAGUUCUAAUUACUAUUAUUAUUUUGGUUAUUAAACAAACAAUAAAAAAUAACAGUCAUGAUGAGUAGCUCUCAUGUUGGUGGAAAAUCGUAGCUCUGAACUAGUUAUUAUCAGAUCUUGACCUUGUUUGGAAAGCCUACAUUCCGAUCAUGUUAAACUAACUGAGCAAUAUGAACGCUUCACUAAUUUUUUAAGUUUCAGUGAGUGAAGUUAGACAAAAGAGAUUUUGUACGUAGAGGGAGAUUUUAGAGAUCUUAGAGUACUGUGCAAAAGUAAUACAAAGGUCUGUCCAUGAAUUUUGACGCUUUUCUUGGCUUUUUGAAGAAAUUUUCCCCGAAAAGAAAUUUCUGCGACAUCUCCGCAAAUUUUUGAGGCGGCUAUUGUUUGGAUCUUUGAGGUGUUCCGAAAUUGCAAUAGAAAGUUCGCCUCUCCUGAAAAUUCGUUCCCCGUAAUUCAUGCUAGAUAUUGCGGCACCGUUGUUGGCUUUCAUAUCCAGACACGUUAUCUAAGAAUGGGAAAGUACAACCGAUAAAUGAAAAGAUAAAGUUUUAAAGUUUCCCUGCGUCGUAAAUUUUCUCAGAAAAAGUCCCUGCCACCACUGCCAGCCAUGGAAGGAUAAACUUUGUUGCUGCCAAACAGAAACAAAUCACUAAUCAAGUUGCUUCACGGACAAGAAAAAGAGGACAGGUAAUGGAAACAACUCUGAGUUUUUUUAUGUGUUUAUACUUUGAUCUUAGAACAAAGGUGUGAAUCAACAGGACUGAUAAACAGUGUUUCUUAUAGAUCAUAAGUGUUAGCCAUCAUCUAUGUAAAUAAGAUGGUGUAUAUGGCAUAAUAUGGUACUAUAUGACCUGAAAUAAUUUGUCAUAUUUUACGCGUUUCACACCUUCCUUUAACUCGAAGUUGACGACAAAAUAUAAGUUCACUGAUAAAGGAUAACACAAACGAGGCAGUGACAAAACAAGAAAAGAGAAGGAGGGCUCAGGAUAGAGAAGAUGGAGGUUGAUUGCAAAUGAGAAACUUAUGUAGAAUUAGAGAUAUAUAUUUUUCGUCUUGUCACGGAGCGUGGGACAAAGAAUAAAUUCCGAGUCCCCGUGAGGAAUCGAACCUCAGACCUUCUGAUUCCGCGUUCUGAUGCUCUAUUACUGAGCCACAGAGACGUAGGAUUAGCUUUUCAAUUCGCACAAACUGUAACGUUGCUCACAAAGAAUACCUGAUUUUUUUUCGUUUUUAGGAGUUGAUGCACUUGAUCGACCUCGAUGUUGCAGUUUUUGAUAUUUUUGAGUUGCCACCUCUUAACGAAUAUGAGCUGUACAUAAAAAACUUUGGAAGAUCUGACACUAAACAGGUAAAGAUAUAAACAGUUUACCAUUGUUGUAGCUUUCUGUUGGUUUAAGGGAAAAAAAAAAACGCUUAUCCACCUUACCUCUACCAAGUGUCUUGGUUGUGUUUCGUAGGCGUAUGUCCAGUACAAUGAAGAUAAUGUUGAAAAAGAAGUUCAGACUGAAGACAUCGAGACAAGAACAAAGUGGACGCAAAAUCCAGCGAGCGAUGCUGCUGGAUUUGGAGGUGAGUCAGCCCUUAUAUCUGUGGUGCUAUAUAAAGAAACGACGAAACUGCAAUGUGUGACUGAAUACUAGACAGAGAGAAUGGACGAGGAUGCGUAUUUGUCAGUCCAAAGGCUUGAUUGACGAUGGAAACGAGGUUGAUACAACAGCUACCUGUUUUGCUGGCAGAGUCAUUUUCAAUCCGGGAUGGCAUUGGUUUUACUUAAAUCGCUUCAUGAUUGGUCUAGAAACUCGCGCCACUCUCUCAACCAAUCAGAUGCAAAACUAACACCAAUCACAGCUUAGUCGCCCGCGUUUUCCCGCGCUUUAGGCAGUUUGCUUGUUUUUACUUUGAGUUCUCAUUGGUUCUUCAGAGUAUUUUCCUUUCUUCUGAUUGGCUGUUUAAAUUACUUUGGUUUUUGGUUUUGGUUUUACGACACUCAAUCGAAAAGCGCUAAAAUAUGUUGGAAAGGGUCCCUAAAACCAAGAAGCCAAAUUUUACGCUUGUGAUGCGGGUCAAGAGGAACUGUCAGCACAUGUGAUCACCCGUGGUGAUAUUAUAGAUUUGUAAACUUACACACCUCUUACUGCUUACUGGUAUCUCUAACCCCCUCAAGCUUUCCCCCCCCUCCGCAAGAAAUUCUAACAGCUACUUUUCCUCAUUGUGUUCUGGUUGUUCUCCGCACUCCAUUUCAGACGAGGAAGACGAUCAAGAAAAAGAUUUAUCCACCUUAGCAGAAAAGGCCAACAUCGACAGCUUAAGAUUGUCAAAAUUUCUUCAACGGGCUGCUCAGGUUAACUGAUGUUUCUUUUAACUUUUCUUCUUUUAAACAUACUUCAAAACUUAAAACAACGACAUACAAGUAACGUAACGACUAUAACAACAAUGACUGCAACAGUAGUUAUGGCAACGAAAGCGACAACGAUAGCAAACGGACGUUCAGUAAAAACUGAAAAUGUUUCACAACCCACCUCCUGAUACUUACUGAAAUAUAACUAGAGACUAAUAGUCGUAACAACAUAUCAUUAUCCAGUACAUCUCUUCUUAAUUUGGAGCAACACACAUUGUAAGGGUGCCAGUUAUUUCAAGGACAUCCUUUAUGUUGUCUUGCAGACUUGUUUGAUUAUAUUGGAAGAGAACGUUAGCGAGCAGACAAAUACUCAGUUUAAAGACAGAAAAGACAUGACGUGUAGUGAUGGAUUCAUUCAACUCGCUACUAAACACUCCUAUCUUGAAGGUUUGUGAACUAUCAAAAUUAGUGGGGUACGUUUUGGCCCUCUCCAGGAAUAUCUUGCGGGUUGUAAGUGAGCGUUACUGAAGUUUUGACUAGCUGAGCAAGUCUUAAGAGAUAUUGAGCAUUACUGAGCAGUAAACACGCUGACAACACAAACUCGACCGCUGACCUCUCAAUACUAAGUACACAAUUUAACAGUAGAAGUAAAAAUCCUUUUGACCCUGCAGACGACACCUUCUCAGGUUGUCGAAACGUCAAUCACUGUCAACAACCGAGUGUUGCCGAUAGUCAGGCUAGGACUUCCUUCAUCUGUACGAUCAUUAUACGCGAAUGACUCUUCCAACAAGGGUAAAAGCAUUAAAUAGAGACUGAACAUCUUCUGACUCCUUUUUUGGGUCCUCUAUAAACGCAAAUGAGAACUGCACCACUGCAGUGAAGCAAGUUUUACUGAAAACAUCAAUAAAAACUAACUUAAAAGGCGAUUGUUGUUGACGUACUAGGACGGCAAGUUACAUGUGUCCACAUAUCUCCAGUUCAAACAUACUUCUUGCUUACUGCUUAUGGUGCCGUGAAAGAGCAGGGAAAGACUGCUUCAAAGGUGAGUCUUGCACUGUAUAUCUUCAAAACGUUCUUACUCUAUAAGUAGGAUAAUAGAGAAUAAAGUGGUCGACAAAAGUAAAUACGUGACGAACUUUCUCAAAAUUGAACACGGCCUGCUCAAACAAAACGGGCAGACCAUACUUCAAGCAAACAUAGGAGUGAUACGAUAACAGGACGACGAAAAAAAGAUUAUUCCAACGUUAAGUUUGUGUAAAUAUAUAACUUAAAUUCAUAGCUUUACCAAUAGCUUUGCCAAUAGCUUUGCCAAUAGCUUUGCCCCUUUUUUGUUUCCACCUGUUUCGCUUUCAGUUAAAACAAUAAUUCACGAAACCUCAGCCAUUAUACAUGCUUUUAUGCGGGAUAAAUUCAAACCAAGUUUAUUUUUAAUCCUAGAGUGGUGUUCAUAUCCAUCCUCAAAUCCGAUCGAUCGAACUCACAAUGAACAUCCUUUAACCCUGAUGACGUUUAAUAAGACCAUCGAAAAAUUCCUCUAAAAAGUCAGUCUACGGCUCAGAUUGAUUGCAAUUGUUCUAUUCCAAUUAUAAAUAUCUUUCAUUGUAGGCUCAACCCAGUAUUCAGGAGAAGGGCAUUGUAUGUUUCUGGAACACCAAUGAACCCUCCGAGCCUCAAAAGUAAGUCUCAUUUUAGUUUCUGAGAGAGGUAACCUGUGAUCGGUCGUUUACUGGGUCAGUUUAAAUGCUUAUUUAGGUUCAUGAAGGGUCAUAAGUGAACAUGUAGAUGACCGAAGUGUGAGUAUGUUAUGAGACAAGUGUGGGUUGACCAAAUUAAUUAACUCUUUAACUCCGAAGAUCUGAUAGUUUAUUCUCCCUUGUAGCUGGUACACAUUUCCUUGUAAAUUAGUUACGAGAAUGUGGUGUUAGGUCAGGAUAACAACUCCCAUCAGAUAAGUUUGAGUAUUCUCGUUUCCUGUCUGCUGAAUAACGUAUGGAUAUUAUAUAGAGAGAAGUUACAUGUUAAUCACUUCUGGGAGUUAAAGGGUUUACAGCGCGAUGAAGGGUAGGUCACGUGAAGACCACCAUCACAAACCUUCUUAAUGCUCUUAAAACGUUUUGCGUGACUCUUUUUUCUGAAAUAACCAGAUAGUGACUCAGUUUCUUCAACUUUGAUGGUACAGAAGAGAGAUGUUGUUGCCUGAUCUGCUCUUCUUCUUUCCCAGAGUGUUAAUCUGUGAAUCUACGCCGCGUUGCUGUUGUUUAAGUCCUUCAAAGGCGACUUUGGCAUUCGCUGGCCUGGUAAGUUGAGUCGCAUAACUAUAGUCGAUUGCUAUUUUGCGAGUGCGUCACAUUUGAAAGAAAAAGAGUGCUUUGACAAUGUUUUGUAACGAUCAAGUUUCUUGCAAAUGGGAAAGUUAUGUCACAAGAUGCUUCUAGUUCAUGCGCGGCAUUAAAAAGCGGUCGCAUGAACAGGAUGGUGACAUGAGAUGUUUAGCACUAAAGGUUUCUUCCCACGGCUCUAUUGACGUGGGGCUGUUAUUGCCUGAGGAACUUAUCCCGAUUCCUGUAGCAUUAGCGACUUGGUAUGUCGCUCCCCUUCUCCCCCCGACGGUGUGCUAGCACGUGGCAGAUCAUCGCUUUGACAAUAUUUCGUUUACUUUCUUGGACAGUUUUUUCGGAAUUUUUUUUUUUUUUACUCGUGGGUGGAGGGAGAAACUUCUAGAGUACUGAAGUGUCUCGAGUAAGUCUCCCCAGUCAAUGAUCGAAGCGGGCCCCUCAAUUUGAAGUCCAGCCAGCCGACCCCUGGUCGACUGCGUCAUCCACAUUCCUCAUCAAAUAUUAAAAACAAACGAAUAAAGGGGUUAAGUUUCUAAAGAAACUGUGGUGCUGCGUCGGUGGGAAAAUAUAACAAGGAAAUGAAGGAUUAUCAACUCAAUUGAUAACUCUAAAUUACCCCAUUAAAAACGAAGUUUAACAGAGGCGUUGUUACAUUUCCAGGAGGAUGGAUCAGUCGUAGCGUGGGACUUAAGAGAGUCUUCGUUGAUGCAUUCAUUUUCUAAAAUCUCCGUUGGAGACAGCGAGGUCUUCUUAAGGCCGCCAACAUUCAGCACAGGUGGGUGUUACCAAUCAAGUUGUUCCAGUACUAUUUGUGAAAUUUUCUUUAAUGGCUUCUACAGGAGGACGUUUACGAGUUUUAUUUCCUAAUAUUUUCAGCUGGAGUAUUGAGAAAGGACGAAAGUCAUCUGAGUCCGGUCGUAUCGAUUCUACCCGUCGUCAUGCCUGGAGACAGGUCAGUGUUGGUUACAUGACAAAAAACCGUGUUGCGUUGUUGAUUUUUAUAGAGCAAUUUUGUAUUAAAGUGAGUAAUCCACGAUUGCAUUAGCUUUGCUGUAUUUUGCCCUGUAAUUGGUAAAUAAAACUGGCGCCACUUUCUCAACCAAUUAGAUUCAAAACUAAAAUCAAAUGCAACUUUGUUGCUCGUGUUUUCCCGCGCUUGGGGAAAUUUUCUUGUCUUAAUCUGAGUUCUCAUUGGCUCCCUGUGAUAUUUUACAUGCUACUGAUUGCCUGUUGGGAUUACUUUGGUUUUGGUUUAGUAACACUCAGUCGAAAUGCAGUGAAUCUGUGCCGGUCUGUUUGAAAACCCAAAUAAGUUGUGUCCUGGAUUAGCCAUAAAUUUUAAGAAUUAUGACAUGCGUGGCAGUUUUUGAAUGAAAUAAUCUCCAGAGUAGUUUUCACAAGGGAUGAGUUUCGUCACUGUUCAAUGAUAUGAAGUGCGUUGACAUGUAUUUAGCCUUAAAAACUUCCCAUAAAAUUGAACAGACGUUUAGUGGAUGAAAGACUUCCUUAAGAAUUGAUGAGACCUCUAUUGAUUUAACCUUUUUACCAAACUAAAAUUAUUGUAUCAUCUCAUGGUUUGUAAAUUAAAACUCAGAAGUUUUUUUCACGCAUUAAAGCUUUAAUUGAAAAUAAACUCGACGCUUCAAGCGGCUGUUCUCGUUUAAAUAAAAAUUCCGACAAUAGGAAAGUAGUCUGAAGUAAAGACGAUGAAGGUAUUUCGAUUAAAUUAUCACCAAGUUUGUUUAAAAUAACCCAUAAGGUUAUUAAAAUAAUUUUAGGAAGUUAUGUUAUUAUGAGCGCACACCAUUAUCAGAGCAAAGUAGAAAUAAAUUUAUGUUAAUUGACCUAUAAAUGAUAACGAGUACAUAUAUUUUUUAAAUUACAAUCUCUGUACUCCAGACGUCUGUUGCAAGAGAUUUCAGCCGUCACGAGGUAAAGAAUGAACUGUUUCUUUGACGUUUAAGUGAAAAUUUGUAUCAAACAGUGAACGGCAAUGAUAUAUGUGCAAUUUAUCAAAAGUCGGCUUUAAAUUCUUCAUAUUAAGUUUAACCUCAAAUGGCUAUUUUAGAUCAAAAUGAAUUGUUAAUUGUUGAUAAGAGGUCGUGGUUCGUUUUCUUAUCUUUUGUCGUAGAAGAAGAAUUUGUAUCUGGUUGAUUUGAAGAUAAGAUAGUAGGAGAAUCAACGGUAACGAUGGUUUAAACUUUAAUCCCAGUUAACCGGAUGUCAUGUGACAUGAUUUAUUUUUUCUUAAUAUUUAUUUCUGGAUAAAAUGAUUUUUUUUUCUAGUUUAGUAUAACCUUUUUCAUUGACAAUUUUGUUUCGUCAACUGAGUUGAUAACGUAAAUUAGCCACCUUAGAGAUUUAAGCUGAAGGGCUUAUUAGUGUCUCAACAUUCGCUCUGACGAUAGGCUAACGCUCAACAUCGGCUUUUGAAACUCUUUUUUGUGGUCAAUUUAUAUUUUCAAGUCAGUUGAUAACACCAAAUUAUCUUGUGAUAAACUGCCCCCCCCCCUCUGACGCAGCACCGAUUUUCUCUAUAAACUUUCCCCUUUCUCUUUCAUUGACCUUAUUUAUUACCCCGUUAUUCCAACAGCGCAAGGGCUUCUGGGGGAACAAGUGUAACGUCAGGUAACAGAACCGAGCACUGAUUUAGUUUUAGUAAAGUGAAGUACCUAUUUAUCAAAGGGAAAGCUUCGUUAGUUUUGUAACAAGCUGUAGUUCCCAAAGUCGGUGGUACAUCAAAAAUUAGUCAAAUACAACGCAGGUACAAAAGUUCCGAGCGUCUACCUCAAAUGGUUAGCUUGCAUUAAUCGUUGACAGCUCGCUGAAUCCCAAUCCUUAGUUGUAUUUUAUAUCUCUUAGGAACUGCGCGCACUUAUUAAUUUAUCAAUGAGGCGGUCUUUGCUCCACUGUAAGGCCUGUUAAACGUGGUUUUGUGUUUUGUCACUAAAAUUUCGUGUUCGUCAUCUCCAGAUGUCUUCAACUUUGGUGGGCAAAUGAACAUUUAAAAUGUUUCCUCUUUAAAUUGUGGAUUAAAAUGUCGUAAUGACUGAACAACGUUAUCGCAUUCAGUUUUUUUGCUUCCGACGUAGGCCGGUUAGCACGAGCCGGUGUGAUCAGAAAUCGUUUCUUUAAAAGGCUCAGACACUACGUCAAGCACAUGGGGCGCGAACCAUUAAUCUGAGCGGUAAAAACGAGGCUCCGAAACUUAAAGUACGGACCGAGAAAACGAAGUUGAUAAGAUAUUUAUUAUGUCUUUCGGAUCAAAUAGAAGGGGAAUAUUUCGAUUGAAACAAAUGGUACGUUGAAAUACAACCCGCUAAAUUGACCAAUAAUAACGCAUCUAGUAACGGAGAGAUAUAGUGAUCGAUAUGUUGCUAAGUUCGUCUUCUCGUUCCUUUCUUUAAGCGAUAGAUCCUCUUCGUACUGUCUUGGAUUAUGGCUCUCGCCUUUUAGUCCAAAUAUUUCAACGAUUUUUAACGUUUCAUUUUUUUGCAGAUGAUAUGUCAGGCCUAUCGUUUCAAUUAGCGUCGUUGGAAGAAAAUGCUGCCAUUAACCUCUGGGUAAUAUGACAUUGUUAUUGUAUUCUGGUCGAUCUAUUUCUCUCCUCAUUAAUUAUUGUGUUAAUUAAUAACGUUUGUGAAUCAUAGGUUGUUGUGGAACUCGACAGAGCGAACGAUGCAGGCUCAGAAUCGGAUCUAGGUCAGUGGCAACUUUAUAUAGGCUCACUACCCUUGUACUUAGGCGUGGUAUCUUUCUUUUGAUGUCCUUUUAGAGACAAAUAAUAGCAAAAAUUGAGGCAAAAUAGAAACCAACAAACAAGAAAAUCAAACAAAAAGGCUUGUUUUAAUUACAAAAAAAUCGCAUAAUAUUUAUUCUAGCUAUUUGCCACCAAAGGAAUAAUUCUGAAAAGUGUUGAGAGUUGAAGUAGAGGAUCGACCUUUUCUUCAUUGCUGAACCACUGCUUUGUGUACCUGAUAACUCAUAUUUCAUAUGCAGCGUAAAAAGGAAUCUCCCUGACUUCGUAUCCCUUCAUGUUACUCAGGUUUGUCUCCUGGAGGAAAAAUUAAGCUCAUCAGAAGCUCUUCAAUAUCUCUUCACUCACCGUUCAGGUUUGUUGCAGUUGUGCGCCUUAACUCUUUGACCCCUAAGAGUGACCAGCGUUUAAUUUCUCCUUACAAUAUCACCCCUGAAUCACACAUUAAGGUCAUGAGAAUAAAGGAAAUGAUCACCAACUAAAGAAGCUCUUGAUUGUUAAACAAAUUCUCCUUGUCAGCACCUUAAGAAAUGUAUAGAAAUCAUUUAUUGAUAUUUCUCUGAAGAACCGUUACACUGCUUGACCGUUGUAAUUUUUGUGGAAAGAACAUCGUAACCCCACGCUGUGCAAAGCUGAAGGUUAAAAUAGCUCCACGACCAACAGAUUUAUUAAGCGAUUGAAGGAAUACGUUAAUUAGUUAGGUCAUUAACAGUUUAAUUACUAGCUUUUACUUAAAGAAAUGAAACGUUAUGAGGCAGAGAGGAAUAUGGAAUAUGGUUGGUCAACUUGCCUUGUUGGCGCAUAAUACUGAACUUGAUUUCGUUCCAGGGAUUUUCGUAGCGAGAUGAAUUUACAGUCGCUAAUAAUGAGGUUUUUACCUCAUGAUCCUAAUCACAUUUACGUCGGCACAGAUGGGGUAAGUAAGAAAAAAAUUCUACUGUUUUCUCUCGAUCUGAGAUUCGUCCUUGAAAAAACAAAACAAUACUCUAACAAGUGAGCCGAAACCUUGAGCGGCCAUAAUUCUUAGCGGCGCUGAGAUGAUGCUGAAUUAAAACAGUUGUCUUUAAAUCAGAGAUUUACCUAGUAGAAGAAACUUGCCAAAACACCAUCUCAUAUCCAAUGCGCGCUUAUUUUAAAAAUGAUACUCUAACAUAAGUUAGAUGGACGUACUGUUAGUCUCACCUUUAAAAGAAAAUUUGAUUGUGAUCAUUUUUCAUGUCCUCCUGAUUUUAAUAUGUAUCUCUCUUUGUUAGGGUUAUAUUCUUCAUUGUGAAAGGCAUGGUAGCCGAGCUCCACCAAAAGCACACAGACCUGCUAUUGGUAACUAUAGCAUUACUAUAAACAUUUAACCUCCGAUUUCGUCUAUCGUGUUUGUCGUCCGUUCGGUACAGAAAAAAAAAAACCAGACUGUUUUCUUUAACCUUUUAACUUCCAGAAGUGAUUAACAUAUAAGUUCUUCCUAUAACAUUUAUACACCAUCCAGGACGAGAUUUCGGCAGCGCGCGCGCAAUUUGUAAUUUGCACUCCUGUUACAACUUUGCACCCGUGUUAUAUGAAAAGUGCACUCGUUUUUAGCCAAUCAGGCGCACGUAAUUUUUGCAUGUAUAUUAUUAGCAAUAAAAUGUGCAACAGCUGAAGGGGACGACAAAUAGAUGUUGGAAGUUGAAGGGUUAAGAGGUUGUAUUGCUGCUUUUUGACCACGGGUGAACUUUUUACUUUUAGAGAACUUAGUGAACGUGUCAGCUGUUGAUCUCUCUCCAUGGCAGUUGCCAUGUAUGCUGGUAAGCUACCCGUUUAAUUAUGUGUCAUAUUUGUGUGAAAUAAAUUUACCUCCACGCUAUAAGAACAUUGAGAAGGCCAUAGUCAAAACUAGAUAAACAAAUGAAUACGAGCUUCUUGAGCCGUACUCGUUGACAUCCGGGGCAGGGGGAUAGGGUGGGGGGCUAGGGUGGGAGGAUAGGGUGGGGGAAAGCGUUUCAUGUGUGCACACGAUGACGUCGAGCAUGACUGACACUACAAAGUGAAAUAAUACCGCCUAAUAGUAUUUCUUUAAAAAGGAAUAGGAUCCACUCGGGAAAUUUUCAUAUAAAUAGUUAAUCAAAUUGAUGGGGAGGGCAGACAGACUUCUCCUAGGAUCUGCCCUUAAACAACCGUGUUGCGAGUUGAUGUUUUUUUACCAUCCUCACAUGUAGUCCGUAAAUGGUGGCUUCUUCGACUGUCUCUUGAGUGUUUUGAGCGCCUUUUUCCCAGUGUUUUUCCAUGAAUUAGACCGGAUUGAAUUAAAUCAUAAAAUGGGCGACAUCAGGUUGAGAUGUAUCAUUUGCUCUAUUUUCAUAGGCAGGAACAGAGGAUGGGAAUUUGUGGCUGUUUAACUUGAAGAACGGUGAGUACAAACAUGAUUUUUAUUACUGUCUGCGUAAUUAUUUUUAACAAUUCUUCAUUAAAGCGAAGAUGGGUAGAGAUGGAUAUUUACCGGGCGGAUGACUAAUUGUUUUAGCAUACACUAAAAAAGUGAGAUAAUAGCACAAAAAGAUGAUUUUAACUCAUUUAUUCCUGCAACGAUUACAAAGUUUUCGGGCGCAAAUCCCGCGCGAGUUGCUCGCAGGUGAAUGCAAAGGAUAUUUGGAAUUUGAGUUGUCAAAUAAAUAGCAUCUUCAACGCAAUCCACUGUUUUAACCCUUUAACCCCUAAGAGUGACUAACAUCCAAUUUCUCCUCACAAUAUCAUCCUCGAAUCAAACAUUAAGGUCAUGAGAAUAAAGGAGAUGAUCACCAACUAAAGAACCUCUUGAUUGCUGAACAAAUUCUCCUUGUCAGAACCCUGGGAAAUGUCUACGGAGUAGUAUGGAGAAUAUGCAUACUGGGAGUGAAGGGUUAACAUAUGCUAAAAAAAUAUAGGAACUCUCCAACAGCAAGACUCCCUCUUUAUUAUUCAAAUUUACGUUAUGGCUAUUUGAUAAUAAAGUGUGAAGAGAUUUCAUGGAAAAAUUUAAUCAGUGAACGGGUAUCAUAACAUACGUUUCUACUUUUGAUUUUAUAGAAAUACCGUUGUUCAGCUGGUCUACAUCCACGAACGGGAAUGGAAUAAUAUCGGUGCAAUGGUCUCGAAGCAGGCCUAGUGUAUUUUAUGUGUUGGAUAUAAAUUCUAAUCUACACAUCUGGUGAGGCUUGUAGGGGGCCCCUAUAAGCUUGGAGGGUGCCUUUGCCAAAUACUAACAGUCACUUGUGAACAUUCUUGUUGGUAGGACAUCACAUCACGUCAACUGGAGGAGGGGAGAGGAGGGGAGGGGAGGGUAGUGAGAGAAGAGAAGAAGACCCUUAGUUAAUAUAAAAAUCUUAUAAUUGUGACGUAUAUUCCUCAAUUAUGGUUUAAAUUAUUUCAUUGUAUUAAGUCAUGUUUUAAAAUUUUUUUGUGAAAAUCAGGUUGUUAUAUCUGUGGGAGGUCAUUUAAUUAAAGAAAAUAUGGUUAUGUAUCCUCGGAAUGAUUUUGGAUUUUUUUUCAUUGACGAUUUUUUGGACUCAAUCAUAUAAAGAAAAAACGAAUUUGUUGAGAUGGAAAGGGAAACUUUGUUCACUUCUAAACUUUUUUCCUACCCAACCACGCUCAGCCAUAAAUAAUCCAUUAAUGGUUGAUAUUCAUUUAUCAGGGACUUACUUAAAAGUGACCAAGGUCCAGUAGCCGUUGAGAAAUUCAAACAUGGACGGUAAGUGCACAGACGUUUUCUUUUUCUGGGUUUUUGUUCCGGGUUAAUCAUAUCAGCGUGCCCAGUUUCUUUUCUAAGAAUGGAUGAACAAUAAGUGAGAGAGAGAGAUACUCCAUUCCUAACUUUAGAUUUAAAGUGUGGAAAGAAAAGGCGAUAGUGAAUUUAUAAUUUUGCCAUGUAAGUGGUCGUUUCGAUUUGUGUGGAUUUGAAGUUAAUACCAGUCGAAAGAGUAAAAUUUUGUGGUGUGAAACCCUUUUCCUUACCUAUGCAUGGAUUCAAUAUUUAUCCGCUAUUUUACCGUUUAUUUAUUUAUUUUUUGCUGUUUUUAUCGUUGAUCUCUCCCAGAGUUGUAUGUUUUGAACUGUCUAAUGAUUACUCAGCAUCCGGAAUUGGUAUUCCAGGAAGAAAUCCCGAAUUGGUAUGAAAUUCAAUUUCUACGUAAACUAUCAUUUUAAGUGUAGUUGAUCUUUGUUUGUCAUUAUACUCCGUCAGUAUCACAUCGUUUUAGCUAAGAGAAGAGUUAGGCAAGGUUACUUUGUUCUUUAGUUACUAUUUUUUCGGCAGCCUCGUGCUGGGUCUACGACCACUUUUACAUCGCAACUUCUUGCUUUUUGUUUGUCUUCAUAUUUUUAGGUCUUGGUGUUCGAAAGCGGAACGGUGGAAAUUCACAAACUCAGCAAAGUGUUCACCAGCGCGUCUGGUGAAGAACUAGACUCAUUUGCCACAUACCUUGAUACAGUCAUGUAAAUCUAAAUCCAUCCAAGUCAAAAUAAUCAAUUGUAGUCAAAGUUGAUAUCUUAGUUUUCAGCGCAAUUUGAAACAAAUUUGCUGCCUACUUACUUUGCACCACCCAGAAAGAAUUCCUUAUACAGAACAUCGCUCGCCGGCUCGAAACCUCUGGGCCUCAUUGCUUCUUCCGUAGCACCCGUGAGAGCCGACCUGCAGUCUUUUAUUCAUAAGCGAAAAGAUUCUGGAACAUACUUUACCAUAAUGUGGAUAUCAAAACGUAAUUUAAAUUAUAUCACGUGUUGUAUUUGUAUUUAUUUGCCAUAUGAAGUGGUGAACAUGUUAUACGUUCGUAGUUACUGUUGAUUAAACACGAUAAUUAAUGAC